UAGGUUAAAGAUAGGUUGCAUUUAAAAAGCAGUGAGUCCUUGUAAUCAGUGAAAUUUUUGGAUUGAGAUGGAUGCCGGCUGGAGUACUAUAUGCAGUACAGAUAGGUGCUUAGGAUGAAGCUGGAAAUUUCAAGCUGAACCUUCCCUGCAAGAACACAUAUUGAAAGUAAAAUUUGGAGGAGGAAACAAAGAGAUUUUGAGAUGGGGAAAAAAAAGUUCAGUAACCUUGAAAUCUUGCUGAUAGCCCUGUUCUGUUUGGCAGUGAUUAUAACCUGCGUUCUGAUUGGACUUGUAGCAACAGGGCAGUCUGGAGUCAAAGAAGGUCAAGAAGACUUUUCUCCAGAAUGCCCAGUGACAGACAUAGGAGAAAGAAUCAACUGCAUUGGAGACAAUCAAGCAGCAACAAAGAGCCUAUGUGUGCUGCGUGGCUGUUGCUGGAGUCCAGUCAAUGACUCAAACAUACCCUGGUGUUUCUUCUCCAGAAAUCAUGGAUACCAAGUGGUGGGAGGUCAAAAACCUAAAAAUACAGGUUUUGAAGCUACUUUAACAAGGCUAUCUUCACCUUCCCUGUUUGGAAAUGAUAUCAAUAAAGUCCUCCUCACUGGAGAGUAUCAGACAGCAAAUCGCUUCCAUUUCAAGAUUACAGAUCCUAAUAAUAAAAGAUUUGAAGUCCCACAUGAGAACGUGAAACCUUUUGCUGGACCUGCAGUAUCUGUUUUAAAGUACAAAGUCAGUAUUGCUGAGAAUCCUUUUGGCAUCAUAGUGACCAGAGUAAGCAACAGCAAAACCCUGUUUAAUACAAGCAUAGGACCCCUUGUGUAUGCUGACCAGUAUUUGCAGCUCUCCAUAAAGCUACCCAGCAGCAACAUUUAUGGGGUAGGAGAACAUGUGCACAAGCAAUAUCGACAUGACGUUAACUGGAAAACGUGGCCCAUCUUUACCAGGGAUGCUGCACCCAUUGGAGACAUGAAUAACUUGUAUGGAGCUCAAACAUUUUUUUUGUGUUUGGAAGAUAAUACCGGAGCCUCUUUUGGUGUCUUUCUAAUGAAUAGUAAUGCCAUGGAUUUUACUCUUCAGCCUGCCCCAGCAGUAACCUAUAGAACAACUGGUGGAGUUCUAGAUUUUUAUGUCUUCUUAGGAGACACUCCAGAGGAAGUGGUUCAGGAGUAUCUGAAGCUAAUAGGACAGCCUUCAAUGCCUUCAUACUGGAGCCUUGGAUUCCAAAUUAGUCGCUGGAAUUAUGGAUCUCUUGAUGAAGUGAAAGCAGUAGUAGACAGGAACAGAGCAAUUGGGAUACCUUACGAUGUUCAAUACACAGAUAUUGACUAUAUGGAGAACAAGAAAGACUUCACUUAUGAUAAAGUGAAAUUUAAAGAUCUCCCCAACUUUGCUAUUGACCUACAUAAUCAUGGACAAAAAUACAUCAUCAUACUGGACCCUGCCAUUAGCAUAAACCCGCUCAUUAAUGGUACCUACGAUGCCUAUGAAAGAGGACAGAGCAAGGCAGUCUGGGUAAAUGAAUCAGAUGGAGUGACAACACUCAUCGGAGAGGUAUGGCCAGGACUGACUGUGUUCCCAGAUUUCACCAAUCCAGACUGUACCACUUGGUGGACUGAAGAAUGCAAGAUUUUUCAUGAUCAAGUACAAUAUGAUGCAAUCUGGAUUGAUAUGAAUGAAGUAUCCAGCUUUAUUAGAGGUUCGACAAGAGGCUGUCAGCAAAACAACUUAAACUAUCCACCUUUCACUCCCAGGAUUCUGGAUGGACUCAUGUAUUCAAAGACAAUUUGCAUGGACGCAGUGCAAGCUUGGGGCAAGCACUAUGAUGUUCACAGUCUAUAUGGAUAUUCCAUGACCCUGUCUACUGAAAAAGCCAUCCAAACUGUUUUCCCUGGAAAAAGAAGCCUCAUUCUUUCUAGGUCUACCUUUGCUGGGUCAGGAAAAUUCACAGGACAUUGGCUGGGAGAUAAUUUUGCAACUUGGAAUGACAUUAAAUGGGCAAUACCAGGCAUGCUGGAAUUUAAUCUCUUUGGAAUGCCUUAUAUUGGAGCAGAUAUUUGUGGGUUUGUCUAUGAUACUACAGAAGAACUUUGUAGACGGUGGAUGCAAGUGGGAGCAUUUUACCCCUUUUCCAGGAAUCACAAUGCUGAAUAUAAUAUACCUCAAGAUCCUGCUGCAUUUGGAGCAGAUUCUCUUCUGGUAAGGACGUCAAGGCACUACUUGAACAUUCGCUACACUUUGCUGCCGUACCUCUACACCCUCUUUUACAAAGCUCAUACGCAAGGAAGCACAGUUGUGAGGCCACUUCUUCAUGAAUUCUAUUCAGAUGAAGCAACAUGGGCUAUUGAUAGGCAGUUCUUAUGGGGUCCUGGACUACUCAUCACUCCUGUACUGGACCCGGGUGUAGACAAAGUGACAGCAUACAUUCCUGAUGCAGUGUGGUAUGAUUAUGAGACAGGUGAAAGACCAUUGUGGAGAAAACAACAGGUUGAGAUGUAUCUCCCAGCAGACAGACUAGGACUUCAUCUGAGGGGAGGCUACAUCUUUCCUACUCAGCAACCAGCUAAUACAACAGUUUACAGUCGUAAGAAAUCGUUGGGACUUAUCAUUGCAUUAGAUGACAAUGGUCAAGCAACUGGAGACUUAUUCUGGGAUGAUGGAGAAUCCAGAGGUACUGUGGAAAAUAACAAUUACAUUUCCUACCAGUUUUCAGUUUCAAAUAAUACUUUAACAAUGAAUGUUUUGCACAUGAACUACACUGAUCCAAACAAUUUAAUAUUUGAGGAAAUCAAAAUUUUUGGAUUGGCUUUUACACCAACUCUGCUUACUGUGUCUCAGAAUGGAGUGAUGCAGAAUUCUUCUCAUAGUGUCAUCUAUAAUCCUUCAAAUAAGGUCACCAACAUAACAGGGCUUAAGCUCGAACUAGGAAAAUCUUAUGUACUAUCAUGGGCUCAAGUGUUCAGUGACAAUGACAGAUUUGAUUGUCAUCCUGCUCCUGAUGCAACAGCAGAAAAAUGCCAAGCCCUUGGCUGCAUCUGGAAUAACCAAACUGUUACACAGAACGUUCCCUACUGUUACUACCCUCCCAGCAAUGGUUAUUAUGUUAAGCAAAUUCAAUAUUCUUCUUCAGGUUUAACAGCAAACCUGAGCACAAAUACUAAUUAUGUUAAGAAUUCACGGUCUUUUACUACACCGAUUGAUACACUUACCUUGGAAGUGAAAUAUCAUGAAAAUAAUUUAUUGCAAUUUAAGAUUUAUGAUUACAACAGUAGAAGGUACGAGGUUCCAAUACCACUAAAUAUCUCUAGCAGCCCUGGAAGUACAGCUGAGAAUAGACUCUAUGAAGUAUCAAUUCAGAAUGAACCAUUUGGGAUCCAGGUUCGACGCAAGAGCACAGGAACAGUUAUUUGGGAUUCUCAGUUACCUGGCUUCACUUUUAGUGAUAUGUUUAUUCAGAUUUCAACCCGUGUCCCAUCACAGUAUGUAUAUGGAUUUGGUGAAAAUGAACAUAAUAUGUUUCGGCGUGAUAUGAACUGGCACACCUGGGGAAUGUUCACAAAAGACCAGCCUCCUGGGUACAAAUUGAAUUCUUAUGGUUUCCAUCCCUUUUACAUGGGCCUGGAAAAUGAUGGAAAUGCUCAUGGAGUUCUAUUGCUGAACAGUAAUGCAAUGGAUGUAAUAUUCCAGCCAACUCCUGCUCUGACGUACCGUACUAUUGGAGGAAUUCUGGACUUCUACCUGGUUUUGGGCCCCACUCCAGAGCUUGUUGUUCAGGAAUACACUUCACUAAUAGGGCGACCAGUAAUGCCAUCCUAUUGGGCUUUGGGAUUCCAGUUAUGCCGUUAUGGAUACAAAAAUGAUACUGAAGUCUCUGACCUGUAUGAAGCAAUGAAGAAAGCUCAGAUACCCUAUGAUGUACAAUACACGGAUAUCGAUUAUAUGGAAAGGCAGUUAGACUUCACUCUUAGCCCACGCUUCUCUGGAUUGCCAAAACUUGUUGACAAAAUGAAAGCAGAAGGAAUGAGAUUCAUCAUUAUUCUGGAUCCAGCAAUUUCUGGAAAUGAAACCAAUUAUCUAGCCUAUACAAGGGGCUUACAGAAUGAUGUCUUUAUCAAGUGGCCUGAUAGUAAUGAUAUCGUAUGGGGAAAGGUCUGGCCAGAUUAUCCUAAUGUUACUGUUAAUGAUUCCUUACCCUGGGAAACCCAAGUGGAACUGUACAGAGCUUAUGCAGCUUUCCCAGACUUCUUCCGUAACACCACAGCUCAAUGGUGGGAAACGGAAAUAAGAGAAUAUCACACUAAUCCUACUCAGCCUGAAAAAAGUGUAAAGUUUGAUGGCCUUUGGAUUGACAUGAAUGAACCGGCAAGUUUUGUUAAUGGUGCAGUUGGAGGCUGUAGAGAUGCAACACUAAAUUAUCCUCCGUAUAUGCCACAUUUGGAAUCACAGUCACUUGGAUUGAAUCACAAAACCUUGUGCAUGGAAAGUCAACAGUUCCUGCCAGAUGGAAGUCCAGUUAGACAUUAUGAUGUGCAUAAUCUCUAUGGAUGGUCACAUGCUAAACCUACCUAUGAUGCUUUACAGAAGGUCACAAAGGAACGUGGAAUUGUCAUCACCCGUUCAACAUAUCCAUCCAGUGGAAGAUGGACUGGACACUGGCUUGGUGAUAAUACUGCAGCUUGGAAUCAACUUUAUAAAUCUAUUAUUGGUAUGUUGGAUUUUAGCCUCUUUGGAAUAUCCUAUACUGGAGCAGAUAUCUGUGGGUUCUUCCAGGAUACAGAAUAUCAAAUGUGUGCCCGCUGGAUGCAGCUGGGAGCCUUUUAUCCAUUUUCUAGAAAUCACAAUGGUAAAGGAUCAAUGAGGCAAGAUCCUGCUGCCUUUGAUGAAGCAUUUCAAAAUAUUUCCAGGAAUGUACUCAAUACAAGAUACACAUUGUUACCCUAUCUCUACACAUUAAUGUAUGGAGCCCAUGCCCAUGGUAGCACUGUAGUUCGUCCUGUUCUCCAUGAGUUUGUGGAAGACAAAACAACAUGGGAUGUGUACAAGCAGUUUCUCUGGGGACCUGCACUACUCAUUAGCCCUGUAUUGGAUCCAAAUGCUACAUCUGUAGAGGCUUAUAUACCCAAUGCACGCUGGUAUGAUUAUUAUACGGAAAUGUAUAUUGGCUUCAGGGGACAAUUCAGUAACUUUUCAGCUCCUCUUGAACAUAUCAACCUUCACAUCCGAGGUGGUUACAUCAUUCCCUGGCAAUACCCUGCUGCUAAUACCGCUUUAAGUCGAAGAAACUCAAUGGGACUUACUGUCGCUUUGGAUGAUAAUGGACUUGCUCAAGGUCAGCUGUAUUGGGAUGAUGGGAACAGCAUUGAUGCAUAUGAAAAUAAUGUUUUCCUGUUAGAAACAUUUAAUGCUAGCCAGGAUGUUCUAACAAUCACGGUUUCGCACAAUGGCUAUGCUGACCCUAAUGCAUUAAAGUUUAGUGACAUUAAAAUCCUGGGAGUUUCCAAAAACCCUUUGAAUGUUAUAAUUAAACAAAAUGGAGUGAACCUUCCGUCUGCUCAUAAUAUCAGUUACAGUACCGAAAAACAGGUUCUGCAUAUAACUCAGCUUCAACUUGAACUAGGGCAAGACUACUCAGUUGAAUGGAAGGCUUCAAACAAUUAGGAAGAUUUUUGCCAUAUAUUUUCUUUUCCUGCCUUUUUUACCUUGCUACAAUGUUUUUGUUUUUUUUAAAUCUCAGGUUUAAUCAUGCCACUCUGAUUUCUUAAAAUGUUGCUUACUGUAAUGGUGCAUUGCAAUCAGUUCAUAUUAAAGUAUUAUGUCUAUACAACA